GCUACAUAGUAAGCCAUGAAAUGUCACUCAAUUUCCUCUAAAGAAAACUCACUGAGCAAACCUCCCCGUCUUUCUUUCUCAGCGGCUGCCGAAAGUUAUUAUGGAGAAGAAAGUGCCAGCCUGAAUGGCGACCAAUACGAUUACUUUGCUGAAGAGACCGCAGGAGUGAAGCAGCAACAACAGCGCCCUAUAAAUAUCAAAGGCCAGCAGCAACAGGAGCAAGAGCCACAAGAACAGCGCCCAAUAAAUAUCAAAGGCCAGCAACAGCAGGAGCAAGAGCCGCAAGAACAGCGCCCAAUAGAUAUCAAAGGCCAGCACCAACAGGAGGAAGAGCCUCCAGAACAGCGCCCAAUAAAUAUCAAAGGCCAGCACCAACAGGAGCAAGAGCCGCCAGAACAGCGCCCAAUAGAUAUCAAAGGCCAGCACCAACAGGAGGAAGAGCCGCCAGAACAGCGCCCAAUAGAUAUCAAAGGCCAGCACCAACAGGAGGAAGAGCCGCCAGAACAGCGCCCAAUAGAUAUCAAAGGCCAGCACCAACAGGAGGAAGAGCCGCCAGAACAGCGCCCAAUAGAUAUCAAAGGCCAGCACCAACAGGAGGAAGAGCCGCCAGAACAGCGCCCAAUAGAUAUCAAAGGCCAGCACCAACAGGAGGAAGAGCCGCCAGAACAGCGCCCAAUAGAUAUCAAAGGCCAGCACCAACAGGAGGAAGAGCCGCCAGAACAGCGCCCAAUAGAUAUCAAAGGCCAGCACCAACAGGAGGAAGAGCCGCCAGAACAGCGCCCAAUAGAUCUCAAAGGCCAGCACCAACAGGAGGAAGAGCCGCCAGAACAGCGCCCAAUAGAUAUCAAAGGCCAGCACCAACAGGAGCAACAACAGCAACAGCGCCCUAUAAACAUCAAAGGCCAGCAACACCCUCAGCGACCACAGAGUAUACAGGAGCUUCAAAAACCACACGUCAUGAAGCAUUACGAACGUCCACAACGUGAACGGCGUCCGCACCGCCAGAAGGGCCCAAAAAGGCAACAUCGCCCUGGUUCCCGCUCAUGGAAUCGCAAAGGACAAAAACAACAGCAUCGGUAUCCCCAGUAUCCCCAAUAUCCCCAGCGCCCACAGUAUCCUCAGGUUCCAUCCAGACCAUGCCGGAAGGGUGGCCAAAAGAGUCACCACAAGUGUUCAAAUCUGAAGGAAACUGACAGGUUGCCGCUACCCGACGAAUACUUUGGUGGUGGUGGUCAGGAUACGAAGGGCCAGAAGUGGUGGCCCAUCGAGCCGGCUCAGGUAAAGGGCACCAAAGGAGGUCAGAAAGGACAGGUUGACGACGUUGGUGCCUACGAAGACUACGACGAGGAGGGGAACAGGGAUGACGAAGCAAGUUUUGAAGGAGGGCUGGAAGAGUAGAGAAGCAUAGGCAUGAGGAACGCACCUACUUUCCAUGCAAAAACGCCGACUUGGAGCCUUGCCUUGCCCUUCAUAUCAUGUGCAUGGAACUACUUGUUGCGGAAUAAUAAAGAUCAACUCAACUGUAAGCGGCCCAAUACACUGAAGCGCACAAGCUGACUGAGAAUAAACAUGUUUAUUUUCAUCUCUA